AUGUCAUCCCAAAGCUUCCAAGGACCCAGCUUCAAAGUCUAUGCCCGCUGGCGGCCCCUCAGUUUGAGUGAACAGGCAGGAACCGAGAUUGAACGCAACACACUUCAGCACAGCAAUACAAACAUGUCCGUAUCCCUGGCCUCUCGGCCGGUGUCAGGCCGCCCUCGGUCAUGGAAGAGCGCGCCAUCUUUCACACAUAUAUUUGAACCCGAGGCUAGCAACAAUGAUGUUUUCGAGACCAUUGUGGCGCCUGCGAUCCCCCAGGUUCUAAGUGGAGCGACCUGCAACUUUUUCGCCUAUGGUCAUUCUGGGAGCGGCAAGACGCACACAAUCAUAGGAUACGACUACGACCGAAACGAAAAUCUGGGUCUGUCUCUCGCCGUAGCACGAGAUCUUAUGGCAGCUCUCGAUCGCCUGAAUGCAGACUGCUCUGCUGACGAAAUGGGAGGAGGCCAGAGCACCUUUGGCAUUGGCCUUCGUUUAUAUGAGCUGCGAAAGAAGAGCGCUUUUGACUUACUCAAUAAGCGAACGGAAUGCUUUGUUCGCGAGGGGCCAGAUGGCCAAACUCACAUUCGCGGGCAAACCGAGUUACUGGACGGAGGGAAAGUGAGGGUGCGUCCUAUUGUCACCCGUCCUUACUGGACCUUGGAGGACCUUCGUCGAGAGCUAUUGUCCGCCCUCGAUCUUAGGUCAACGGGUUCAUCUACCGUACACGAUCAAAGCUCCCGAACCCAUGCCGUACUAGAGCUUGAAGUUGUGAACAAGGACCUCCUAGAGGCUCGCGACUUGGUCAUUGAACGCCAGUCUGAGCUUGUACCUGUUGCAAAGCGUGCGACAGACAUUUACCUGGAAGAAAGCAUGAAGUCCUUUAUCAAGACCCCUGAAGGCAAAUACAUCCCCAACCCAGAUCAUCCCCUGGAUCAAACUCGAAUCGACGCUGCGGAGGCAACGAAAGGUGAAUUCGAAGCCAGGUUGAGAGCGGCAGAGGACCAUGUUACCACCGUUCUAGCCUCGAGGAGUCAUCCCUCUCUGGGUGGAAAAUUCGUCUUCGUGGACUUGGCGGGAUCCGAAUAUUUUGACGCCGCGGCCGGUGCCGUCGGACGCAACAUAACUCCACAGGACCGACAGGAGGGCCGACAGAUAAAUUCAGAUCUGUUUGCUCUAAAGGAAGUCAUACGUGCUCGUGCUGUAAAACAGACACGAAUCCCAUAUCGCUCCGCACCCUUGACAAUGGUACUGCGCGAACAUUUCACUGCCUCUGCAGAGAGCUCUUCGGCGAUGAUCCUUACCAUCUCCCCCUCGGCCGAGCAGUAUACUGCCACCGCGAAUACACUAAAAUACGGCAAUUUGGUUGGUGUUGCUGGUGGAGAUCAGAUGGGUAUGGCGGAAACCUAG